GCGAUUUCGUGGCUGGAGUGGUGUAUAAAGAGUGGUGCCUGAGGAAGGAUUCCAGGCCUUUGGUUCAGACUGUACGAGAGCUCCAGUUUUAUCCGCUUCGCAGAUUCUCCUCUCUACAUACAUACGCAGGAACGAAGGAUCAUCAUGGUACAAGUCGGCAAUUGGUUGUUCAGUCCGCUCGUCCAGUCGUUCCCUCAGACCGUAAUCCCGAACGCUCAGGUUUGGAGCGUGACGAGCAAUGUCACGGAUUUGAAGUAUCAGAUUGAGGUCGCAUGGCCGUUGGAAUGGAGCUCGAGGAAUACGAAUAGUACGGUUGAAACCAUGUACAUCCUCGAUGGAAACGCCCUCGGCUUCGGCGCGACAGAAGCCUUCCGUCGCCGCCGCCCCGUCGAGUUUAACCAACCCGACACCAUUGUCGUCAGCAUUGGGUACCCCAUCAGCGACUCACCAUACAGCGCGCAACGUAGCAUCGACUUUCAGCCGCCUUGGUGUUUGAACUGCACUGCUCCUUCAGCUCCCGGCGUUCGUUCCGGCGCAGAAGAUUUCAUCAAAUUUAUUGACAAGACCCUGCGCCCGUGGGUUAAACAAAGCGUCUUUCCCGCCGUAAAUUUCCACCGCGAUGCGAUAUACGGGCAUUCCUUCGGCGGCCUUUUUACACUUUAUGCGCUGAUAUCACAUCCCACCCUCUUUGACACAUUUCUCUCUGCCUCACCCGCGCUCUUUUGGAACAACGGGUACAUCCUGACCAACCUUACGCUCCUGAACACCCAUAAUCUGUCCAAAAAGCAAAAACCCGCGUACCAGAUCAGCUACGGAGCCAUCGAACAGUUUCCAGUGAAACGACGUACAGAAACACAGGCAGAUUUUGACUUUAGGAAGAGUAUCCUUGAGUCGAUGAAGAUGACGGAUAAUUGUAAUGCGUUGUAUAAUGGACUGAAGACGAGUUCGAAGUUGCGAGAUGUGCAGUUGCACGCGUAUCCUUUUAGCGAUCAUGCGGCGGUUGGAGGUGCAGCAAUUAGUGAUGGGAUUGAUUAUUUCUUGGAUUGGUGAAGUGAGACGUUGAACAUGACUUAUGUGAUGAGGGAAGAGAUGCGUAUCAAAAGCUUUGCCUGAG